CAGUUUUUGACACUUCUUGAUUGAAGCGCGCGGCGGGUGGUCAAACUCCCGGUGUAACAACGUGGUGUCUUAUAUCCUGUGAUAAACAUUCCUAAAUCCACAAUGAAGGGUGACAAGAACGUAGACGUCCAGGCUCUUAAGGACAUCGCCAACAAGCUCAGAAUCGACAGCAUAGUCGCCACAAAUGCGUCAAAGUCCGGACAUCCGACAUCAUGCGCUUCAAUGGCAGAAAUCAUGUCGGUCCUGUUCUUCCACACCAUGCGCUACAAGAUCUCCGCGCCCAGGGACCCCUCCGCCGACCGCUUCAUUCUUUCCAAGGGUCACGCCGCUCCCAUCCUAUACGCCGCGUGGGCUGAGGCCGGCCUCUUCCCCGUGGAGGAGCUCAAGAACCUCCGCAAGAUCGACAACGACCUCGAGGGCCACCCCACGCCGCGCCUGAACUUCGUGGAUGUGGGCACCGGCUCGCUCGGCCAGGGACUGGCCGUGGCCGCCGGCAUGGCCUACGUGGGGAAGUACUUCGACCAGGCGCCCUACAGGGUGUACUGCCUGGUGGGAGACGGCGAGGCCGCCGAGGGCAGCAUCUGGGAGUCGCUGCACUUCGCCAGCCACUACAAGCUAGACAACCUGGUGGUCAUCUUCGACGUCAACCGACUCGGCCAGUCGGAACCCACCUCGCUGCAGCAUCACGUGGAAGUAUACGACGCUCGCUUGAAAUCCUUCGGCUUCCACUCGCUGGUGGUCGACGGGCAUGACGUCACCGAGCUGGUGAAGGCCUUCGACGAGGCCGCGACCGUCUCCGGCAAGCCCACGGCGCUCGUCGCCAAGACCUUCAAGGGCAAGGGCUUCCCCGGCAUCGAGGAUCUGGAGAACUGGCAUGGAAAGGCUCUUGGCGCUGAUGGCGAGAAGAUUAUCAAGCACCUGCAGUCGCAGAUCAAGAACAACACAAUCUCGCUGAAGCCCAAGCCGCCGCUAGCGGAGGCGCCGCGCGUGCACAUCGGCGACAUCACGCUGUCGUCCCCGCCCGCGUACAAGCAGGGCGAGCAGGUCGCCACCCGCCUGGCUUAUGGUACCGCGCUCAAGAAGAUCGCCGACACCAACCUGAGGGUAAUCGCGCUCGAUGGUGACACUAAGAACUCUACCUUCAGUGACAAACUACGCAACGCCUACCCUGAGAGAUACAUCGAGUGCUUCAUAGCGGAGCAGAACCUGGUGGGCGUGGCCACCGGCGCCGCCUGCCGCGACCGCACCGUCGCGUUCGUCUCCACCUUCGCUGCCUUCUUCACCAGGACCUUCGACCAGAUCCGCAUGGGCGCCAUCAGCCAGAGCAACAUCAACCUGGCUGGCUCGCACUGCGGCGUCAGCAUCGGCGAGGACGGGCCCUCGCAGAUGGGGCUCGAGGACCUGGCGCUGUUCCGCGCCGUGCCCACCGCCACCGUCUUCUACCCCUCUGACGCCGUGUCGACGGAGCGCGCCGUGGAGCUGGCCGCCAACACCAAGGGCAUCUGCUACAUCCGCACCUCCCGCCCCAACACCUCCAUGCUCUACCCCAACGACGAGGUCUUCAAGGUCGGACAAGCCAAGGUCGUCCGCCAGUCUCCCAAGGACCAGGUGCUGCUGAUCGGCGCCGGUAUCACGCUGCACGAAUCCGUCGCCGCCGCGGAGGCGCUCAAGGCUGAAGGAAUCAACGCCCGCGUGCUGGACCCGUUCACCAUCAAGCCGCUGGACGAGGCGGCCGUGCUGGCCAACGCGCGCGCCUGCGGCGGCCGCAUCGUCGUCGUCGAAGACCACUACCAAGCCGGAGGCAUCGGCGAAGCCGUGCUGUCGGCGGUGGCGCUGCAACGCGACGUCGUGGUGAAGCACGUGUUCGUGACGGAGGUGCCGCGCUCGGGGCCGCCCGCCGCGCUGCUCGACAAGUACGGCCUCUCCGCGCCGCACAUCGCCAGCGCCGCCCGCGCCGUGCUCAAGGCCUAGACGCUACCUCCCCCCUCCCCACCGCGAGAAUCGACAAACGUGCAAAACAUCACGGUAAUAUUUCCCUGGCCGAUGACGGCUGCUCUGAUCGGCGAUUAACGCAUACGUCGUUCGCAUUCCGAUUCUCGUGGGACGUCCGACUUGCCAAGAUUCACAAAGUGUCAAAUAGGGAGUCGCGAGUGUGUCAAAUUGUAAUCAUUUUAUCGGGGUUGUACAGACUAUAAAUACGGGCAAAAGUAGGGACCAUUGUUUUCGGUCGCUUUCUAUGUGACUGAUCGCCGGCAGUCAUCGUUUUAUUUGAAAAUUGACAAACAACCCGCCUCCUCGCGGCUGAAAUUGCCCCGUCUCAAGAACUCAAUUGUUUGUUCCGGUCAUUAUUGAUAACAUUCCUGUUAUUAGGUACAUUCCGAACGUACUUUUCUAUUUUGAAUCUAGUUCCUAAGCGGCUAUGGUGUACUGUCCUACACUGAUCCAAUGAGCUUGUUCGCUCAAUCUGGUUGUUUCAUUACGUGUAUACAUCGAUAUAAUGAAAUGCUAUUUUUAUACAUCAUUGUUAUUCAGUGCCUUAAUUAAUCUCGACUGAAUACUUUUAAAUCAUUUAUUGUCAACUUUUAGGUUCAUCCUCUAACUUUGCUAUAAACAUUCAGUCGGGAUGUUAGCAUAGAUAUAAUCUAUAAGAAUGUGUGCGGGUACGCAGACUGUUGAACGUUUUGGAUAGAUUUUUACGAUUUGCUUAGCUUGUAAGGAAAAUUUACUAUUUGUUAUAUUGCAAUCAUGAUGGUGUGUCAAGGUAUAAAUGGGCACAUGCCUGGUAUAAGGCAUACAUUUAAGUAACCUCAGGUUACUACGGGCUUCCUCCCUUUGUUAUGUUACAGAAAUCAUACAAAAUAUGAUUAGAUCAAAUGUUUAAUUGGUAUAUUACAUUCCCGUUGCAUUUUGUUUUUCAUUCAUUUAUCACAGAACAAUGUUUUCUGUAAUAAAUAAUAUAUCAAGUACAAAA